AUGAGUGAUACCUUGAUUCUUUUUGCAGAUUCUCUCCGAAGAGGCAAGCCCGAUCACCGUCUGGGAAGAUUACUUUGCUUGGAAUCCCGAUCUGACAAGCCCUAUCAGAGGCCGGAAGUGACCGUCCAUCCCCUGCCCGUACAGGCUGGCCCCUACUACUAUCAUCCCCAACCUCAGGCCGGUUCAGUCAGCUUCCUGCCGCACAGCGACUGUUCCUCUAAGUUCCCCGAACCCUACACCACACCCGCAUACGCACACGUCCGCCCCUACCUGGGCCGCGGC